AUGACGAUUUCAGCUCCUCCCAUUAUUGAUAUCCGGCAAGCGGGGCUUGAAAGCUCAAUUCCUGACCAAGUUGUCGAAGGUCUCACGAAAGAAGUGAAAACCCUCCCAGCUCUACUUUUCUACAGCACGAAGGGAAUUCAGCACUGGAACCGCCACUCCCAUGCUGCCGACUUUUAUCCCCGACAUGAGGAACUAUGUAUUCUGAAAGCCGAGGCUUCAAAGAUGGCAGCAUCUAUAGCCCAGGAUAGUCUCGUCAUAGAUAUGGGCAGCGCAAGUAUGGACAAGGUCAUCUUACUGCUUGAGGCGCUUGAAGAGCAAAAAAAAUCCAUUACAUACUACGCCCUUGACCUCAGCUACUCUGAGUUGGCCUCGAACUUUCAGGCCAUACCUGUGGACCGCUUCCAUUACGUCCGUUUUGCUGCCCUCCACGGCACAUUUGACGAUGGUCUGCAUUGGCUUCAGAACGCACCAGACAUCCGAAACCGUCCUCGUUGCAUCCUUCUAUUUGGUUUAACUAUCGGGAACUUUUCACGCGACAAUGCAGCAAGUUUCCUGAGGAAUAUCGCACAAUCUGCCCUCUCCACAUCACCCACGCAAAGCUCUAUCAUUGUAAGUCUCGACAGCUGCAAAUUGCCCACCAAGAUUUUACGCGCGUACACUGCGGAUGGAGUAGUUCCCUUCGCACUUGCGUCGUUAAGUUAUGCCAACUCCCUGUUUCACCCCAAGGGCGACAGAAAAAUUUUUAACGAGGAAGAUUGGUACUUCCAUAGUGAAUGGAACCAUGCCCUAGGACGGCACGAAGCAUCUCUAAUCACGCAAUCCAAGGACAUUCAGCUGGGUGCUCCUCUAGAGACUGUCAUCGUGCGCAGGGAUGAGAAGAUCCGUUUUGGGUGCAGUUAUAAAUAUGAUAAAGCCGAACGGGACCAGCUCUUUCACUCCGCUGGUCUGGAGGAUGCAGCUGUAUGGACAGCCCCAGACUGUGAUGUGGCAUUUUACCAGUUGAGACUGCGUCUGAACUGA